AUGGGAGGGUACACUUGUUGUGUGCCAGGAUGCUACAACAAUACCACGAAGAAUAAAGGCCUGAGCUUCCACAAGUUUCCGUUGAACAAGCGCCUGAGGAAGCUGUGGGUGGUGAAGAUCAACAGGGCAGGGAAGCGAGGAAGGUUUUCGACAUUUGAGCCCACAGAGCAACACCGAGUGUGCGGAAGGCACUUCAAAAAUGGCACGAAGACAUACAUGGACAACGUUCCAACAGUCUUCCAACACCGGCCACAGCCCAAACCGAGAAGGACACGCAGAUUGGAUGGGCCGCCUUCACUUGCAAGUACUUGCCAUACCCCAUCAGAAGCCGAGGUUCCUGAAACGGGGAGCUCAUGUGAAACGUCUUGCCCCUGGCCUGCAGAUGAUGUUGCUCAGCAUGAGUACCAGGAUGAAGUAGAAGGGACAUCCUCAACCACAGCUACACCAGAGCUACAACAUGAUACCAGUGACCAUUCCUAUGCAGCACCGUAUGAGGAGACAGCUACACUGAGCAAAAGGAUAGCAGCUUUUGAAGCACUUGUGAAACAAAAGGACGAACUGAUCGAAGACUUGCAGAAAAAACUUUCUGUGUCUGAAGACAAAAUUGAAAGCCUCUCACUUCAGUGCAAAAGCCUGGUAUCUGAAGUACGGGUAGCCUCUCAAAAGGCGAGAGAAGCAUCCUUGAAAGUAAGGAACACUCGAUGUGACCUCACGUAUGACUGCCUACAAAAGGAUGAGGAAAAGCUCAAAUACUAUACAGGUUUUGCAAACUCUAAUUUGCUCCAAGUAUUCUACGACUUUCUGAAGCCUGACUUGAGUCAACUUCAAUUUUGGCACAUGAAACGUGUUGAAGGCGCUGAGCAGCGCAAGUUUUUUGUGCCAUUGAAAGACCAGCUGAUUCUAGUGCUUGUUCGUCUACGGCUAGGUCUGGAUCGUGUUGACCUUGCAUUCCGGUUUGGAAUAUCAAACAGCACUCUGUCUAGAAUAUGGAUAACGUGGAUAAAUUUCCUCCGAAACAGGCUUACACAGGUCCCCACAUGGCCUCCCUCGCAUCUGUGUGACAAGUACCGCCCUGAAUGCUUCGAGGAGAAGGGGUACGAGACUGUCGAUGGGAUACUUGAUUGCACCGAAAUUUUUAUUGAAACCCCGUCAUCCUUCCGAGUGCAGAGUGAGACCUACUCUACCUAUAAGAAACAUAAUACACUUAAAGGACUGGUGGUCUGUGCACCGAAUGGCUUUGUGACAUUUGCUUCGAACCUGGCACCGGGCCGGCUGUCCGACAAGGAACUGACACUGGAAUCUGGAGUGCUCGACAAGUUUGAGAGGGGUCGAGCAAUACUAGCCGACCGAGGAUUCCUGAUCAAAGACGCCUGCGAUGCCCGGAACAUUCACCUAAACAUUCCCCCUUUCAUGAAUGGUAGGACGCAGCUCUCAGAAGAGGAGGUGAAGGAAACUCGAAAGAUAGCUAGUGUGCGCAUACACAUAGAACGUGUAAUAAGAAGGAUCAAGACCUACAAGAUUUUGACGCAGAUCCUGCCAAAUUCAAUGAGCACCGACAUGAACUCUAUCUGGCUAAUAUGUGCGUUGCUGUCAAAUUGGGUUGACAAGCCUCUACUAGAAACUUCAGACUCCGAGUCAACCCCCUCCACGUUGUAA